GACCACUUUUCUAUACAGCUUUUUUUUCACUUACGCAGAACAAACAAAACAAUAUACGAAUGACGAAAAUGAAACUUUCCGUACAAAGAAAACUAUAACAGGAUAUAAAAAAUAUAGAUAUUAAUUCAAUUGCAUUUCCACCACAGACCAACUUAACACGUUAUCAUGAAGGUCCUUCUCGUAAUCUCCAGCUUGCUCUUCUGUUAUGUGGCAGUGACUUCGGUUCAUGGAGAAGAAGAUCAUUCAAAAUGUACAAAGUCCAAGGUUUGCAUAAAUAGUAUCCAAACAAGAUAUGACAAAUAUCGUACCGAUCAUCUUAAUGGUGAAGUUGAGGCUGAAGGAUGUGAGUCGAGAAUAUUUGGAUCAGAUGAAGAAUGUGUAACGGAAAAUCUGAAAUACUGCCCAAAAGAGACAGAAAACACUCUUCGUGCAAGGUGGAACAAUAUGAAUGACGAUAUAAAAAGCUGUGAUUUUGGGACUCGAAUUACAUUCAGCUUUUCUUUACUUCUACUGGCCCUUUUUGUGAAUGCUGCUGAGAUUUUUUGAAAACCUGAAUUUCAAUUUUUUUUUUCUUUUUCACAGUUUUUGCCUUUUUUUUUUUUUUACUUAAAAUAUUUGUAAGGCCCAAACAAAAAACUAAACAGUAAUAUUGUAAACAACCAUCUUCUCCAUCAUUAAACCUUUAGCAUUCAAAUCAGCCUUAUAUGACCUGAAUAUUCUACCUGUUUUAUAUUAAAACCAGCCAGAUCCUGUCUCUCACACUUACCCUAUAAUGCCAUUCUGAAGCUAUGCAAUCACUGGAUGAAAAUGUCAAAGCUAUGAGAUAAUGCAUGAUUAAUUUAAAACAGUAAUUUGAAUGCUAAAGGAACAAAUGUCCGAAAUAUCGAAAAUAUUUUAUUUUUAAACAAACUUUUUUUUUUCGGUAAUUCUCUUUAAUCUCUGGAUUAAAUUGGAAAAAACUAAAUAUA